AUGAACAUAGAACGAUUGAUCAGUAAUCACAGCAAUCCAGACCCAGUAAUAAGACAGAGAUAUUCGCAAUUACCACAAAUGUUAUCUUGUAUCGACACGACAUCACGCCAUCAUAAAGGACGCCUCACAUCUUCUUUAAUACACGCACGACAAACAUCUCCAACACAACGUGGAUACUCGCAUCACCACCACCAACUUCGACAUUCUUCUCAUCAUAUGUUACAGUCUUCUGUGGUCCCCCCAAUUUCUUUGCACCAUCAACAAAUAGCACCAGCGCCUCAAUCAGCACAAAUGUCCACGCUUGAAUCGGAAAUUCAAAAUUUUAAACAAUCAUGUGAGAAUCCAACAACUCCAAACGCAUCAACGACACCACCGCCCUUGGCAUCUCCUGCAAUGUCUACCAAAUCAAAUAAUACGAAUGGAAAUUUAUCAUUACCACCCAUGUCAGUAACAUUGCCGGCAUCAUCUUCUCCAAUACCAGUACAAAUGCACGAAAAUGCUAGCGACUCUUCCGUAUUUGCUCUCCAAAUGUCGGUCGAAAAAAAUAUGCAACAACAUCAUCAUGCGGAUCAAUGGCGAUCACCGCCUUGUCAAUCGCAUUAUCAACAGCGAAACUAUCAAAGAACUUUUGGUCAUCCCAUGCCUAGGUUUCAUAGUCAAUAUCACAAUGAAAAUUUAAAAUCUGAUUGGAAUUAUGAAAAUGUUGGAAAUUACAGUAAUCAAGAUCAUGACAAAGCAUAUCAAUAUCAUCGACUAAAUCAAAAUCAAGAAAUUAACGUAUCACCGAUUCUGAACCAGGAUAAUCUGUCACAACCUUAUCGACAGCGUUAA